UUUUGUUAUGGAUUAGUAAAUGUACUUUUACCCAUUGCGAAGGCAAUUGCCAUGCCUAGAGAGGUAUUACUCAAAAAAGUGCCAUUUCCACUACCAAAUCCUGACAUCUUCAACCUGGAUCAAGUACUAGCAUUUGCAAACGAUACUGUUGUAUCAGAAAACGCUUUAACUUUUAUGGAUUUGGGUGUUUUACCCCAUAAGUUGAAGGGAUACCCGGUCGAGUUUCUUAUCCAACACCGUAAGGGCGGUCCACAAUUUGGUUCUCUAGUGAGUGAAAAAGUUAAUCCAGAUUCUUAUCCUCAAUUUACAAUGGGUUUUCUGUUUAUUCCUAAAACGCCUCUGAUCUGGAAAAGCCUAUUGAAAGACAAGAAUGAGCGAAAGAGUGCAUAGUUGUAGUCUCCAUUUUGUGAAAAAAUCAAAAGAAGCAAGAUGUAAUAAAG